AUUGACCCAAACAGAACUCGACUUCAAAUUGACAAAGGGGAGUCCAAUUUUGACUUCUUUCUUCCAACCACAACGUUCAUGCUUUUCUUCUUCCUCUCGUUCCCUAUUUUCUCUUUGGCCAUCUAGAGCUCGCUCCCCGUCUAGGCUUAAGCCGACCCUCCCACAACUUUGAUAUCGGUCGUGAUGAGUGGUCUUGGAACCGAAGAAGAACUGCCCGCUUUGCAGGCCACGUUCAAUAAACCCGAACUUGAAGGCUUGUGCACCCACAUCAAAGGAAUUGCUUUAGAGAGUGAUGACUCCGUGAUGGAAGAGUCCAACAUGACCGACCCGGCUGACAUGAAGGUUCCGCCCUCGCCAUGGGGCUUCCCUUCGCCGGAACCUCUGACUCCUAUGGAUCUCUCCGAUGGCACGUCCAGUCGGGGCAACGGUUCGGAUUCUGAUGAAGAGGAGUGCCAGACACCAAGAGGGGAAGAGUACAGGAUACCGGAGAUUCUUACCUGCCCGCCUGCACCUAGGCGCCCGAGUAGGAACAACACGGUGGCGCUUGGCCCUAACAACAAGGAUUAUUUCGGGUCUGCUGAGAUGGAGGAGGUGUUGAAGCAAGAAGAUAUAUCACGAGGUUGCCGGUCCGUCUAAGGUCAGCUAGCUAGCUAGAGCAAUUCUAAUUGAGAGAGAGCAUCUCUGUGUAAUUAAGAUAUAUAUAUAUAUAUAUAUUGCUAGAGAUGCAGUUGUUAGGGCUUAAUGGUAGGAGAAGAAGUUAAUUAAUAUUUGUGAAGUCUUUCCAUUAGACUAUUCAUAUACUUUGGGGUGCAACAUCGUCUUGCAUGACCAGCCCAUGACUAGAAUCGAGUAAUCAAUACAUAUGCGUGUAGCCGUCGAACUUUAUAUAUAUAUGGUCGGAUUUCGGUUUCA